UAGAAUAUUAGGUGCUGGUAACGUUGAGGGGCCCACAAUUCUUGUUUCUCAAUCAAUUCCUCUCCAGUUGAUCAUCAGGUGUUCUCGAGUCCGAUAGCUAACCCAGUAGUCUGAUAGUGAUACUGCGAACUAACCUCUGGUGUCAGGUGUAGCUAUGCGCAGCCUACAGCUAGGCAGUAUCAUGGCAUACCUACUACUGUAUCUGGCUCCAUUGCUGCUGCUGCUGGUGAUGACGGUGAACUGUGGACAGGCUAUGGCCUCACCAACACCAGUGGUGCCGGACGAUGGCGAUACACCAGCUGCGAUGGUCACUGAAGAGAACAAUUGCAUGACUGAAUGGCUACUGAUUGCCAACUCCAGUCGUGCAAGAGCUCUCACCAUUCCCAACACACCAGCUGCCAUUCAAGCAAUGUUAGAUGAGAAGGUUGUCAAGCACCAACAGCAAUUCUUCUUAAGUCUCAUCUUGGGUUACGCACCGCAGCUUGCAGCAGACCUUAAGCACUGCAUUCGUCGAAGGCCGUCAUGCCCCACAGCAGACUUAACAAGCCGUCUACCUUGCUCCGUUGCUGGAGAAUGUGUGUUCAACGCAACACAACAGUCCGCUGUUUGUGUUUGUCAGGCAGGAAUGACUGGAAAGCAGUGUGACGUAGAUAUAGAUGAAUGUAAUGCACCAGGUCGUAACAAUUGUGACCAACCCGCAGUGGCAACAUGCUAUAACAUGUAUGGAUCAUUUCGUUGCGAGUGCAAUACAGGAUUUGAGGGCAACGGACGAGUGUGCGAGGAUCUAGAUGAAUGUACAGCUGGUGUACAUGAGUGUAAUGAACAUGCAAUGUGUAAUAACACUGUUGGAUCAUACUCUUGUUACUGUCAAUCUGGAUACAAGGGAGAUGGUACUAACUGCGAAGUCGAUCUGUGCGGAUCAUCUGCUAACAGCGAGCUUUGCUACCAAAUUGAAGAGGUUAAAACAUACAACAAGCAGCUGGAAGAGAAACUGGAAGCAAGGGAUCUUCAAAUCCAUAAGCUACUCUCCGACAUGAAAGUACUGACUACCAUAUUUGUCCAACAGAAGGCAAAGGUGGAUCAAAUGGAGAUUCAGAAUAAGAUGAAACUGCUCGCAAUUGAGGAGGAGAUGUCGUCAUUGAACUUAUCCCAACGAGCCCAGGAGAAGAAGACCAAGCAAACCUUCAGGACCAUCCAACAACAUUCUGCUCAGCAGUUUGGAGCAAUCAAUGCAACUCUGCAGGAAGAAGGGCAAAAGACCAAGCAGCACUUCAGGACCAUCCAACAACAUUCUACUAAGCAGUUUGAAUCAAUAAAUGCCACUCUGCAGGAAGAAGUUCGAAAGACCAAGCAACACCUCAUGAACAUGGGGCUACAUUCUGCUCAACAGUUUGCUGCAAUCAAUGCCACUUUGACGGAGGAAGGACAGAAGACGAAGCAACAUCUCAAGUCAAUGAAGCAACAUUCUGUUGAGCAGAUUGCAUCAUUAAAUGCUGCUCUGCAGGAGGAAAGAAACAAGUGUGGUAUUGUAUCAUGGAAGACAUUUACAAUGGAGACAUCGAGUAACCAUCGAAACCCGUUCAGUGGAGUCGUGUUCAAAAAGACUAGACCUGACACUGUUAUCAGAGUGGUGUACACAACCUCUAUUGGAUUUCAGCAUCCUAACAAUCACUGGCAUUGUGUGAAGGUGUCAGUGCGUAUCAACGGCAGAGACUGCUCAGACCCAGCCCCUAUCAGAAGUGGAAGCGCUGGUUCAACAGCCUACAAUCAAAUACAUGCUGGUGUUGUGAGUGGUAUUUGUAAUAUCAACACUUCAGGUCCACUGUCCUUCUCUACACACAUAGAGGCACAAUGCAGUACAUCCCGGUAUCACCUGGGUUACUACCCUGGUCCAGGCAGCAUCACAGCCACUCUGCAUAUCGAAGAACUUUGCAAUAAUCAACAGAACUAGAAGUCUGCCUCCCAAUUCCUCUGCCCCCCCCCUCCCCCUCUCUACUCUCUCUCUCUCUCUCUCUCUCUCCCUCUCUCUCUCUCUCUCUCUCUCUCUCUCUCUCUCCCUCUCUCUCUCUCUCUCUCUCUCUCUCUUUCUCUCUCUCGCUCUCUCUCUCUCCCCCUCACUCUCUCUCUCUCUCCCUCUCUUUCUCUCUCUCUCUCUCUCUCUCUCUCUCUCUCUCUCUCUCUCUCCCUUUCUACUCUCUCUCUCUCUCUCUCUCUCUCUCUCUCUCUCUCUCUCUCUCUAUCUAUCUCUCUAUCUAUCCCUCUCUACUGUCUCUCUCUCUCACCCCCAAGUUUCCAUCUCUGUAACAAUCUAGUAGUGUUUACUGUUUUCUGGUAGUCUCCCUGAGGCAGGCAACACGGCGUUAGAAUAUACAACUUGUUUCCCGUUUUUCUACAUUGUAUUCUGUCUAUUGAUCUUUCUAUCUGUCCACUUUUUCUACUUUGAAAUAUCCAUUUUAUCUAAUGACUCAAUCUAUCCCUAAUAUCUAUCCAUUCUAUCUAUCUGCAUGUACCUAGGUAUAAACCUAUGUAUGUAUGUAUGUAUGCUGUUCUACAUCUCAAAACUUCCACAAUUCGUUUUCCACUGCACCUCUGUUACCAGUAUGCAAUGCUUUCCUUGUAAUGCACAUGAUUGACUCUACUUUUGUGGGACACGCGGUUGUUACAACAGCGUCCUUAGUACGGAACUCGCAAUGUACCACAUUUUUCGUCUACUCCUUUCUAUUUCAGUUAGAAUACACUUGCUCUGUAGUCAAUGCAGAAACGUUUUCAAUCCUUCACUACCCCACUUCAAUUAUAAUUAAAAAAACGUCUUCCAUUUUGUGCUCAUGACGGCAUCAUCAGCUGUUCGGCAUCGCUUUGUCCUAUUCUAUUGGUAAUUUGCGGUCUCAGGAAGAACGGUUCACAAA